AUGCCCGAGUCCACCACUAUCCAGACCCCUGCCGCCCUCGGCGAUAACAGAGGCAUCAAGUUCUCCUUCAAGACUGGUAAUGCCCGCUACCAGUGUGUUCUCCAGGACCGAUCUGUCUAUGAGCGCACCAAGGCUUCCCGCCAGAACUCUUCCGACUCUGUUUCCUCAACCGAGUCUACUAAGACCGAGAAGUCUUCCCACUAA